CGGCAGGGACGGCGCGUUCCUGACGACGGCGGCCGCCGCCAAGGGCACCGCGGGCAGCGCGGGCAGCCCGACGAGCUCCUCCCGCGCGCCCUCGCCCGGCGCGACGCCCUCGCGGACGCCUGGCGGCGGCCGCGCGCGCCGCGCCCCGGGCACCCCGGGCCAGGGGGCGCGGCGGAAGGGGCUCGGCAAGCCGACGAACCCGUUCAUCGAGUACGAGGACAGGGAGGUCAAGUUGCAGCAGGAGAGGAAGUGGUUGGAGCAGGACUCCGUUUUCAUGAGGAUCCGGAGGGAGGGGAUGCGCCACCAGGGGGCGACCGCUCGGAGCUUCACCAGGAGCGCGUCCGAUGCCUCGCUGUACGAGAACCGCACCAUGUUCGGGAACUACUCCGUGCAGCUGCGCAGGAACAAGGCCCUGAGGGACGGCUUCAUGGGCAGCCCAUCGGGCGCGUCCAGUCGCACGCCGCUGGCCUUCUCUGGCCAGAGGACUGGGAAGUCCAAGAUGGGGGAUCAUCCACACCUCAAGCUGCUAAAGAUGCUCCAGCUGACCAUGGAGGAGUCCACCAGGAGCACAGAGGAGUGCAUAAAGCAGGCUGGCCUCGGCGACGAUUCACAGGAGCUGCAAGACGCGUCGCCCGGCGCUCGGCCAGCCAGCGCCACCGUCAGCAGCGGCACCCGCGCCAGACCAGGGCCUUCUGGCCGCGCCGCCUCCGCUGGAACCCGCAGGCACCGCGGGGACGCGGCGCGGUGAGCCUGGCGGCCCAGAGGCCCACCAGCUCGCGGGGCGGUGGCGCCCCCGGCGCCGGCGACCGGCCAGCAGCUGCGCGCCUGCGGGGUGGGCGC